AUGAGCCCAAUUACAACCAAAAUGUCAGCCGAGCCUAAACAAACGAUAUACAUCAACAAUAUAAAUGACAAGGUGUCAAUCAACAAGGUCAAGUCAGAGCUAGGGCUUCUACUUCAGCAGUGCAAACCAACAAACAUCUCCCUCGCUAAAACCCUCAAGCUCAAGGGUCAAGCAUUCAUCACCUUUCACACUAUUUAUGAUGCUUCUAAAGCAAUCGAAAAUUUGAAUAACAAAGAGGUGUUCAGCAAGCGAAUUAAUGCCACGUUUGCCGAGCAGAAUAGCGAUGCACUACUAGAUAAAGAAGAGUUGAAACAAGUCAGAAAAGUACGACAAGAUGAAUACAAGAUCAAGAAGAAACAAUCGCAAACGAAAGCCAAGUCUAAAACCAAGCAGAAUAAGACGGCUGUUGAUAAAGGCAAAACGAGGGAACAAAUUCAGAUUGAUAUUGAAAGUUGGAAAGCCUUGCCCCCGAACCGUAGACUACUUUUACAAAAUAUCAGUUCAACCGUACCGGUCACCAAGGAUAAAAUUGAUGAGUAUUUCCAUAGUUAUACCGGGUUUGAAAUGGCACGAUUUGUUGGUGUACGCCAUUUGUCGUUUAUUGAAUUUGAGAAUGAAGAAAUGGCAAUGGAAUGUUUGCAAUCAGUUGAUGAAAAGGACAUGAAAGAAAAAUUUGGUGAUGAUAUUGUAUUCUCAUAUGCAAAGAAAUGA